AAACCUGACAAAAAGGCGUACGACGCGGAACAAGAUAAAAUUAAGGCAGAAAUAGACGCUCUGCAAAUCAAGCUGACCUCUGUUCGUGACAAAAUUGGCGGCACAACUAAGUCUGGUCCGGGUAACGACCAUAGAAAUGCACUUCGUGCUGAAUUGGACAGCAUCCGAGAUAAACAAUCCGCAAAUAAGACGUCGAGGGGCAAGGUGCUAGACCAGUUGAAAUCUCUCCAAGACGGCGCUCAGAAGAAGAUCAAAGAUCUUCAAGCCGCGAAAACCAAGAUCAACUUCAAAACUGUUGCCGAGGUUGACGCACAUAUCAAGCAGGUUCCAAAUAUUGUCGAAUCUGGUAACAUGAAACUCGCAGAAGAGAAGCGUGCGCUUCAGGAUAUUAGUUCAAGCAAGCGUAACCGACGUGCUGUCGAAGGAUUCCAGGCCGAGCAGGAAUCCAUCGAUGCUCUCCGUCAUUCAAUCGACGAACUGAAGAAGCAGUUGGAUGACCCCGAGUCGAAGGCGGUAUCUGAACGCUACGACGCAAUCAAAGCUGAGCUGGACGAGUUGAAGAGGGAGGGGGAUGAAGCGUAUCCUGAUCGCUCUAAACUCUUCGAGGAACGCGAUAAUCUGCAAAGCCAAAUCAAGAAUCUUUUCAAUGAAAAACGUGAUUCGGCUCAACGGUUCCGGGAUGCCAAUGAUCGUUAUUGGAAUAAAGUCAACGAGGAUCGUGCGAGGAGAGCAGAACGUGCUCGCCUUCAGCGGGCGGCAGAGGAAGCUCAAAAGAAACAGGAUCUUGCCGAACGCAUUCGAGAAGAAGCGCAGGUUCCAGCUUUCCAGGCGCAGAUUGAGGAUUGUCAAACAUUAAUUGACUACUUCUCUGGGAAAUCAAGCGGACAUGUGUCGUUCAAGUCUGCUUCUCUCUCCGUAAAGGCUGAGGUUGCAGGUGUGCCGAAACUUGACAUUCGAAAAGUUGAGGAGAUACCCGAGGGUCUGGUCGCGCUGAAUAAGAAGGGUAAAGCCGAAGACGCAUACUUUGUCGGAGGUAAGGGCAAGGGCAAGGGUAAAAAGGCUGCAAGUUCCUCGUCAGCGAACACCCCCCUUAACGUUCCUCUUCCUACCCUUUCAGCCCUAUUAUCAUUGUCGAUACCGCCUCCUUCUGCAAGCGUGGAUGUCCCCCGUGUCAUUGAAGAUCUCAAAACGAAAAAGACAUGGUUUGAGGCCAAUCAAGCGAGGGUUACCGCUGAGAACAUCUCCAAAGCAGAGGCGGAUAUCCGGCGUCUA